UUAAAUCAUAGCGAGAAACCUCCUUCCUCAGCCACUCUCUCUUCUUUUUCUAACUUCUCCUUCGCUCAUUUCCUUCGUAGUAUCCGUCGUCCGCUACCUUCACUUCAGCCACCCCCCCCAUGCUGACAUUUUCCACGACCCCAAGUUCAUGAUUCAUUGUUUCCUGAGGGCCCGCUUCUGGAAAAUGUUUCAGCAAUGAAAAAAGACCAAGAAUCCACUCCUUCCAGCACCAGCACUGGCGGCGGAGCCACGACGGCGAUGAGGGUGAUUGUGCCCUUACAAGGUGUAGUUCAGGGCCGAGGUGGCCUAAUUCUAGGCUCUGUAAUCCCUUGCGCUCUUUUUUAUUUUUUCCAGCUCUAUUUAAAGCGCAACAGGUCUAAAGGUGGCUCCGGCGAGAACUCUCCGCCGCCGCCUCCGGCGAGGUCACCGUCGGGAACCCAUUUGCAGGAAAGUUCUCCUUUGCAAAGGGUUCAGUCUCGUUCUUUGUUAUCUCCCAGAGGAGGAGGGUCAAGUGGGCCAGCACCACUGUUGGCUUCACGGGCCGAUUCUAUUGCCAAGCAAGCUGACGGGCCCUACUAUGUUGGGUUGAAGAGAGUCUCAGAGGACCCUUAUGACGGGUCAAGUAAUCCCGAUGGUGUUAUUCAACUUGGCUUAGCUGAAAAUAGAUUGUCACUAGAUUUGGUUCAAGAAUGGCUAGCAGAGAAUGCCAAGGAAUCAAUAUUGGGACAGGACAUGAGUAUUAGUGGAAUAGCAACUUAUCAGCCAUUUGAUGGAUUGAUGGAGUUGAAAGUGGCAGUAGCUGGAUUCAUGUCUCAAGUAAUGGACAAAUCAGUAUCCUUCAACCCUUCACAAAUUGUUUUGACAGCUGGUGCAACCCCUGCAAUUGAAAUUCUCAGUUUCUGCUUAGCUGAUCCUGGAAAUGCAUUUCUUGUUCCAUCACCAUAUUAUCCCGAUCUUGACAGGGAUGUAAAAUGGCGAACAGGUGUCGAAAUUAUACCCAUACCUUGCCGCAGUGCUGACAAUUUCUGUCUGAGUACUACUGCUCUUGAUCGAACCUUUAACCAAGCAAGGAAACGGGGGCUUAAAGUUCGUGGGAUCAUAAUUUCGAACCCUUCAAAUCCUGUGGGCAAUUUGUUCAAUCGAGAGACACUUUAUAGUCUUUUGGACUUUGCAACAGAGAAGAAUAUUCACCUCAUUUCCAAUGAAAUAUUGGCAGGAUCCACUCAUGGAAGUGAAGAUUUUGUCAGUUUGGCAGAGAUAAUUGAUUCUGAAGAUUUUGAUCGGACAAGAGUCCAUAUAGUGUAUGGUCUUUCGAAGGAUCUCUCUCUUCCAGGCUUUAGGGUUGGAGUUAUUUAUACUUUUAAUGAGAAUGUUUUGGCUGCUGCUAAAAAGUUGGCAAGAUUUUCAUCCAUUUCAGCUCCAAGCCAGCGUUUGCUUAUCUCAAUGCUGGCAGACACAAAAUUCAUCCACUUGUUUAUGAAGAAUAAUCGGGAAAGACUUGAAAGGAUGUACAAUGCAUUUGUUACCGGACUAAAGCAGUUGGGAAUUGAGUGCAUGAAGAGUAAUGGAGGUUUCUACUGUUGGAUGGACAUGAGUGGGCUAAUCAGAUCUUAUAAUGAAAAAGGAGAACUUGAGCUUUGGGAUAAGCUUUUGAGUGUGGGUAAGGUUAAUGUUACUCCCGGAUCUUCCUGUCACUGUAUUGAACCUGGUUGGUUCAGAUUAUGCUUCACCACCCUGAGCGAAAAUGAUAUUCCUGUAGUCAUGGAUCGUAUUAGGAAAGUUUCUGAAAUCUGUAAAUCUCGUAGUUGAGUUGAUAUUGCUUUGCUCAUUCAGCUAAAGAAUCAAAACCCUACAAUUUCUUUGGAGGAUGUCCUCUUGUAGAAUUCUGUGAGUUUCAGGCUACGUCAGAACCAGACCAGAUGAGGGGAAUCAUUGAGGGAUGAUUUGAAGAUAUCAGAUUGUUUGGGAACAAUUGGUGGAGGAACUUAGAAUUGGAGACCCGUGCUGCAUUUGAUGAUCUGGUUUUGUCUGCAGUUCUGGCUGUUUAAAGAUGAAGUGUCUUCCGUUCAUUUCAGAGAUGGAGAUACUCAUGAGCUGACAGGAACAGUUCUGGCAGGAACUCGGAGUCAAAACAUUUCUGGCACGCCUGAACAGUAUCAUGUACUCAUGAGCUGAGUGUCUACAAGGCCUUGAUGUGUCUUAGUAGGUUUCUUCAUUCUGCUAUUGCAAAAUCGAAGAGUUUAUUUGCCUUAAAUAUCUGAAAUUGUAAAUAGGUCAUUUAAUGCUGAUGCAAAAAGCAAGUCACGACCUUUUUCUGGUAGUAAUAAUAAGUUUAGAAGAACUCUUACAUUUGUCUAGGACAGAGAAUUGGUUAUGUCACUCUCUUUCCUCUGCAAUCAAUUUUGUGCAACAAUUGAGUUAAAGUGAUUAAUUACUAUCUCCUUCUCACUCAAA